GCAAAAGAUGGUUCGACGGUUGUUACGGGCAGGAGCAAGCACCCUACAACCGCCAAAAUUUCGUUCCUGCGCCACUUCUUCACGCGCGCCCCCUCACCCACAACUAUGUCCGCCACAAAGACCAAGGUCCAGUCCAUCAUCGACGAGAACCCCGUCGCCGUCUUCUCAAAGUCCUACUGCCCAUACUGCAACCAGGCCAAGCAGCUGCUGAGCGCCAGCGGCGCAAAGUUCUUCGCCAUCGAGCUCGACCAAGUCGACGACGGUUCAGCAAUCCAGUCUGUGCUCGCCGACAUCACUGGUCAGAGGACCGUUCCCAACAUCUUCAUCGCCCAACAGCACAUUGGUGGAAACAGUGACUUGCAGGCCAAGAAGGGCGAGCUCAACACCCUGCUCAAGGAUGCUGGUGCCCUAUAA